ACUACUCAACAUAGUUAAACGACUUGACGAAAUCAACAACCAUGACCAAAACGGCGUCGUAUUAAGAGUUUAACACAGAUUCGAAUUUCUCCGUACCAAAACUCUCGCAUCAUAGACAGGGACUCUCUCUCUCUCUCUAGAUUAUUUAAUACAGAGGAGAGAGAGAGAUAGAGACGAGAGAGAAAGAGAGAGAGGAAUCGGCAAGCAGCAUCAGAAAGGGAGCGUGGCAACGGUGUGCGUAAUCAAUUAAUCAUAACUCGAAAAUUAUUGUUCUUCACGAGAUAAAGCUCAGACGCAUUUGUGUUUCUCUCUCUACCUAUACAUACAUCUAUACAUACAUACAUACCUACGCCGCUGCAUGUAGUAUUUACAGGCGUAGGAUGAACGAAGCUAAGAAGAAGAAAAGGGUAAAGAAGGCUUGAUCUCAGCUUCCCCUUGAAAAAACAACCAUGGCGGACGAUCUCUGUUUCUUCACCAAGGAAAGCUUUAUAAUUAAACCACCUAAGAAGAACCCCCUGGUUUUGAAAAUGGCGGUUUUGAUUUUCGUAAUGGUUUGCGGAAUUUAUGUAUGUUCGACUCGUAUUAAGCGAAUCGGUGGACAAUCGAGCUUCAGUACAUUAAACAUUCAAGUUAUAGAAAAGAAACCUUGUGAAGCAGCCAUUGAUAUACAACCUUCAGAAAAACCUUAUUUGCAUUUCCCCAAACCAAAGACUUUCGACAGGGACGAAUGUGCUUGCAAUCCUGUGAGAUAUUUUGCGAUUUUGUCAACACAAAGGUCUGGGAGUGGAUGGUUUGAGACAUUGUUGAACAGUCAUAUUAAUAUAAGCUCUAAUGGGGAGAUAUUUUCGGUGAAGGUUCGGAGAAGUAAUAUAUCGACAAUUGUAGAAACUUUGGAUAGAAUUUAUAAUCUUGACUGGUUUACGAGUGCCUCGAAGAAUGAAUGCACAGCUGCCGUUGGAUUGAAAUGGAUGCUUAACCAGGGAUUAAUGCAACAUCACGAAGAAAUAGUGGAGUACUUCAAGACUAAGGGCGUAUCAGCCAUUUUUCUUUUCAGAAGAAAUCUUUUACGUCGUAUGGUUUCGAUACUCGCAAAUUCGUACGACCAAAAUGCCAAGCCGCUUAAUGGGACCCAUAAAUCUCAUGUCCACUCAACCCACGAGGCUGAAAUACUUGCCAAGUACAAACCAACUAUCAAUACAACACUGCUAAUACCGAAUCUGAAACAAGUAGAAGAUUUGGUCACAAAAUCCAUGCAAUAUUUCAAGAGCACUCGCCACAUCAUCCUCUACUACGAGGACAUAAUAAAUAACCAUACAAAAUUGUUGGAAGUUCAAGAGUUCUUGAAGGUCCCACAAAGAGACUUGAAUAGUCGGCAAGUGAAAAUACAUAAAGGGGCGUUAUCGUCACAAGUUGAAAACUGGGAGGAUGUGAAGAAGACACUGAAGAAAACACGGUACGAAAGUUUUCUUCAAGAAGAUUAUAAGUUGUAAAUGGCGAAUUUUGCUCAUUGUGUUAGUGUAUAGCACAGCAUGUUUUUUAGGUUUUAGUUUUUAACUUAAUUUAUUCGAUUUAAUUAAUUCUUUAAUUAGCAGAUAUAAUAUAACAGGGCAUCUCAUCUCAUCUCCCUGUUGAAAUUUUGGUAUUACUGUUGAUAUUUGGUGUGGCUCAAAACAUGCUGAUUAUGAUGUAAUUGUGUAGCUUCAUCCGAAUAGUGUUAAACAGACCGUCUAGAUAUUAUCGGUAAA